AUAAGUACACAGCCACCGCGGAGCAUUCGUGUUCCGUAACAUGCUGAGUUGAACUAGACUGCAGGGUGGCCUCUGAUCACUGGUGUUUUAAUCGGUAACUAGUUAGUUAACCAUCUUUCUCCAUUCAAAGGGUGUAGCUACAAGCUCUGCUUUUGACGUUCCAGAAGCGUGUCGCUGAAACGGAGAGCGUGAGUGAGAGUGCAUUAUCAGCGCAGGGGAUAAGACACGGAAGAGUAUUUGAGCUCUCGGUAGCAAGCUGUUGACCGGUGAUUAAAAUGAAUGAGACGCAAUAUCAGGUACCUCUCACAGAGUAUGAUUUUGAGCGGCAAUUUGACGAAAGAGUCGCUAUCGAAUGGAUGCAAGAAAACUGGAGCAAGUCGUUUGUGUUCUGCGGCCUGUACGCUGCCCUCAUAUUCGGGGGUCAGCACUUCAUGAGAGAGAGGCAGAAGCUGGACUUGCGUCGACCGCUGGUGGUUUGGUCACUCAGUUUGGCGCUCUUCAGCAUCAUUGGAGCCAUGCGGACCGGGUGGUACAUGCUGCAUAUUCUCAACACGAGCGGUUUCAAGCAGUCCGUCUGUGACCAGAGCUUCUACAGUGCCCCUGUCAGCAAGUUUUGGGCCUACGCCUUCGUCCUGAGCAAAGCCCCUGAGCUGGGUGACACGAUCUUCAUCGUGCUGCGGAAGCAACGCCUCAUCUUCCUCCACUGGUACCACCACAUCACAGUGCUGCUCUACUCCUGGUACUCCUACAAGGACCAGGUGGCGGGCGGCGGCUGGUUCAUGACCAUGAACUUCCUGGUGCACGCGCUGAUGUACAGCUACUACGCCCUGCGGGCGGCGGGCGUGCGCGUGCCCCGCCCCUGCGCCAUGCUCAUCACCACCUCCCAGAUCGCGCAGAUGGUGAUGGGGUUGACGGUCAGCGGGCUGGUCUACCUGUGGAUGCAGGAGGGCCGCUGCCCCUCCUACCUGGACAACAUCGUGUGGGCGUCCCUCAUGUACCUCAGCUACCUGCUGCUCUUCUCCUCCUUCUUCUACCAGACCUACCUCAAGGGCUCCGGCGGCAAGGCUGUGAAGUCGGAAUAGUCCCCCCUAUCCCUAGCCCACCCCCCAGCCUCCACCUUACGGGCACACUGGUCCCUCCUCGACCCGGCUGCUUCCUGACUGCGCACUCGAAGCAGAGAGGGGGGGGGUCCCCAUGGGUGGGGGAGUCCUUGUUAGCGUGUAUUGACUGUUCCAUUUGGUAUCCAUGAUAUCCUGCAAGUGUAGCAAGACGGAUUCAGGCUCAAGCUGGUUCCUGCCUGAGUGUCAACACCCAGAAGAGACUAUCUCAGUAAACGGUACCAAAAAAAAAUACUCAGUGCAAACAAAUUCAAGACCAGGAAACGCAGGUAACCAGCAGCAUGCUGAAAUAUGUCAAAGUCAGUGAUGAAGGAUUACAUUGGGGUUCCGAGUAAAUGCGAGUUGGAUUUUGUCUUCGACUUAUGAUGUAUACCCACCGUCAACCUCAUUUUGACAGCUGAAAAUCCUUUUCUUUAACUCCUUGUGGCCAUAAGUACUGAGGUUUAUGGCAGUUUACAGAAGUGUGGGAAUGAUCCUGGCUCAUGUUUAUGAAUGGAGGGAUCCUUGAAGCCGGUUUUUACACACCCUAAGCUGCCAAUUUAAGUACAAAGGGCAUUGAGACCAAGCCUUAGAACCAUCCAGAAAGUAUCACUUUUGGUAUCAGUGUCACAGAUCUAGAGUUUCGUUGGGUGGCUGUACAAGAGGCACCGGGAUAAAUGAAGGAUCUGCUUUGGUUCUGAUGCGUUACUUAAGCUUCAUGGACGAUUAGCAAGGAGUCAGAUUACUCUACCAUUACAAUCUUGCAAAUGACCUGCUGCUUAUUCACUUAAUGUCCCAUAAAUCUAUACAGAUGUCUUCAAAUUACACUCCCUUCCUCUGCCUUUUGCAAUUUUACUGACAAAGUGCAUCAAAAUAUUCACUCAGAGGAAACCAAUUCAGAAAUCAGGCAAGAAAAACUUCCCAAGGUUUUUCUUAUAGUUUAUGGUGGUUUUUUUGUAGUUUUUCUUUAGUUGUAUGAACUAAAAGGUUGGGGUUGUUUUGCUAAAUUCAACUCUCUCUGCUGUAAGCUGUCCCUUUCGUUUCAUUUUCGGAUGUAUCAGUAUUAAGGCUCUUUCGCCAGGCUGCUUCGCCCGUCAUUGUGAAAGCUUUACUCUUUGCGUGGCGCGUCACGAUACGUUCCAGCUCCGUUAGUCAUGACCUGCAUGCCAUGAAGGGAGACGUGCAUACACAGCCCGCUCCACCGAGUUUCUGUGCAAACCACCCUGGCUGGAUUCCUCUGGCAUCAUUUUUAAAUGCCUCCCAGUGCUGAACCAGAAGAGCAAGAAUUAGCGGGUGCUCUGUCUCUCUCAGCUCUUCUGACUAUGCUGACUCUGUGAAUCUUCUAUGGGUGAAAUGGAGGCUCUCGUUGCAAAUGGCGCCUCUUUUUGGCUCCUUUGAUGGAGUGAAUUCGGUUGCGUCUGACGUGGCCUCACUCAACAGCCGUGGCAUAUGUUAUCUCUAAACUGAGAUAAUGUAUGCGCAAAGGCCAGGUAGUCAAAAGCAGUGGGCUGUUUACCCACUGGGAUUGCACUAGGUGUUUCUACCCAUGUAAAUGACUAGUGGGUGGCUGCGAUUAAGGGUGUGUCAGGCAUACUUCUCGGCUCAAUUUGCGGUUGUCACUGUACGUAAGGCUGGCCGAAUCAGACAGGGCCGGUACACAGUCGGUAACCAAGGCUACGUGCGAGAGAACGCUCUCCCAUUCUGUUGCUUUAUUUUGCAUACCUUCCCCAUUCUCUGCCUGUUGUACACGCCACACACGCUGCGUAGUGGCACAGAGUGAGGUCAUCGGUAGGGGGAAAGGCAAUGUCGUCUUGAUUGGCGUGUCGGGCAUACAAAGAUACACGAGUAUUUAUUUUUGAUAGCAUGACUGCUCUAUAAAUGGUGCAAGAGAAAUCAGAUUACCCACUUUCCCUCUGCCACUGCUUGACCUUACUGGAUGGAAUUUGUUUUCAUAACCAAAAUGCCAAGCUGUUAUAUUUCUGUUUGAAAGCAAUGGAAAAAUAGUCAUAUAUUUCUGUCAUACAUCAUGGGUUGGUGUUGAUGUGUCCGUCCGAAUCACGUUUGGUAGUGCUAAUGUGAAAUUGUUUCCUCAUGGUGGUGGGCAUUGUCCAAAAAGCUUUGUUUAUGAAGCUUCUUACAUGUUUGUGUAAAAAAAAAAAAAAAAAAAUGUUUAUCACAAUUUAAAGAGAUCAGGAAUUAUGGCUAAGGAUUAUGAACACUGCUUUCACUGGAGGACUAUCCCUCUAUAGUCAAUUUGUCAUGCAAUUUAUGCUACUACAAAAAGAAGGGUUGUGUAUUAAUGUCAUUUUUUAAAAUCUGUUUAAGGGAAGAAAUAUUAAGGGAAGUAAGACGUUGAAUGUUCGUUGAAAUGGUUGAAAUGAAUAUCUACAAUUUUUUUGUGUUAAAGUCCACCCUCCUCGUGGAAAAUAGGCUAGCUUCCCUCAGUUGCUGCUGGUUCCAAAUUGCAGCUACCCCUGUGAAAGUUUUGUGAGUCUUUAGUAAAGAUGUUCAUAUUUGCUACCUUUUAGUUUUAAGUUGGUCACUGUAUUUAUUUAAUUUAAUUUAAGAUAACCAAGCUGAUCAGGUGAAAACCACCGUGCAUUUACAAACAGGUGGGUUGCGGCAUUAAAGCCACGCAGGCACAACCAAAUCAAGAUUUGCCAGUAUUUGGUAUCUGGAAGCACGUCUGCACUGCUCAUGACGCUUGGCACCUCAUACGGCGCCCUAUUGAAUGGGAGGGCAACCUUCCAACACGCACUGCGAACUUCACACACCACGAGUUAACGGUUUGCUUUGUACGGUAAAGAGGUUGUUAAAAGCGCACCUCUUUUUUUUUUUUUUCCUUCACAGGGAUGAUUUGAUGUAGCCGCGGUGUUGACCCACCGCCCGCAUGAUUAGGGUUUGCACUUACACGUUCAGGGACAGAGGUUAAAACACGGAGACGUUUACGUGCCAUAUGAUGCUGAGCAUUUCCAUCUGCGUUCGGUGAAUGCUGCUGAGAGCACGGUCCCGUUUUCCCCUCAUUUGCUUACCCGUCUGUUAAAUAGAGGCACGCAACUCCGUUUGGUAGCUGCUUGCCUUCAAAAACGAUCUGUUUUGAAUGUAAUGGCCUAAUAAGGGCUUUUAAGUGUAAAUG